UCAGAUUCUACACUUUCCCUUAAGUCUAGUUGAUAAAUUCCCUCAGUCACACCUUGCCAUACAACUGUUCAUUUUUACCGUUCAUACUUCUCAAACUCACUAUCGCUUAGUCUUCAUGGAUGUUAUCAACUCACACUGUAUAUCCGAAUCUCGUGAUUGGGCGAAAGAUCGGAAAUUCAUGCCUAGCCAACGCUACGCCGCAAACAUAAACCUAAACAGGGUAGAAAUUCACGACCAUGAUAAUUCUUUUACCUAUUGGACCUAUAUAGCAUGUGAAUAUGCCGAACCUUGUACAUGCUGUGGCAUACCUCCGCCACAUCUCGAUUGCAUAGUUAUUGCAGUGGACGGCGCUUGUAGACGGAAUGGCACUGCCGACGCCAGGGCAGCCGUUGGAGUUUUUGUUGCCAAGCAGUCCGAGCACAACAUGAGCUUUGUUUUGACAGAUUCGAAAGCAACGAACCAGAUUGCAGAGUUAAGAGCCGGAAUCCUUGGCCUUGAACAGGCCAUCAGUAUUCGAAAUAAGGGGUAGGGGGGCUGAAGCUGCAGCAGGUGGUAAUCAAGGCGGACUCAGAGUACUUGGUCAAAGGUAUGACUGAACGGGUAUUCAAGUGGAAAAACAAUGGCUACAUGACGUCGAGGGGAACAAAGGUUAUAAAUGGGGAGCUUUUCCGGAAACUUGAGAGACUGGUGGCCCAGUUGAAUGGGCUUGGAGUGGAGGUUCUUUUCUGGCAUGUACCAAGAGACUGCAACAAAAUGGCGGAUGAGUUGGCUAGACUUGCUCUGGUAAAUAGUUAGCCACUACUCCAUUCAUGAUAUCUUAUUCUUUUUUUCAACUUCUACUAUAAUACAGCUCUUUCUGCAUCGAGUGGC